AUGAUAACAGUCCGUAGUGAAUUGCUUUUAAUGUCAGCUUUAAGGGUGUCAUUAAAAACUGUGGGACGAGCUUUCGUCAACGUUGUCAAAUAUUUGAGUGUCAAGAUAUCUUCAGAAAAUCUCAUCAUAUUACCUAAAUCAAUAUUGAAAAUUGAAAUGAUGGAGCCAUUAUUUGAGUACACAGACCGUAGCUUCAUAGCAUUCGAAGGCGUUCAUUUAUGGUCGGCUAAUGAUUGA